GACAGCGGCGCGACAGCAGCUGGAGGGCGGAGGAGGCGGCGCGCCCCGUCCUGUCCUUGCCAUGAGGCCGCAGCAGGCGCCGGUGUCCGGGAAGGUAUUCAUCCAGCGAGACUACAGCAGUGGCACCCGCUGCCAGUUCCAGACCAAGUUCCCCGCGGAGCUGGAGAACCGGAUUGAUAGGCAGCAGUUUGAAGAAACAGUCCGAACUCUGAAUAACCUCUAUGCAGAAGCAGAAAAGCUCGGGGGCCAGUCAUACCUGGAAGGCUGUUUGGCUUGUUUAACAGCAUACACCAUCUUCUUAUGCAUGGAGACUCAUUAUGAAAAGGUUCUGAAGAAAGUCUCCAAAUACAUUCAAGAGCAGAAUGAGAAGAUAUACGCUCCCCAAGGCCUCCUCCUGACAGACCCCAUUGAGAGAGGACUUCGAGUUAUUGAAAUUACCAUUUAUGAAGACAGAGGCAUGAGCAGUGGAAGAUAAGCCAUAGAAUGGAAGAUCCCGCCUCUAGCUGGGACCCUCGUCUGUCCACUGGCCGAUCGCAGCGUCCCUACCUCCUCUCCAGAGCAUCAUUCCUUUGUAUCUGCUGCCAGAGCCACGGUGCCAUGUACUCCAAGGACUACCUUUCUAAAUUCCACACCUGGAGUGACCUCUCGUCGCUCAGCAUCCACUUCGGGGCUCCAGAUUGUGUAGGACUCUGUAAUCUUUUGAUUCGUUUUUGAGAAAACACAAGGAAGCAUUUCACUUUUUUAUUCAGAGCCAUUUAUUAAAAUACGCAGCCGGUCAGCCCAAUGCAACAUUUUUUCUCGAUCUCCAGCCAGUACCAUUGGUUCUCUUCUUCCUUGGGCCGGCGUCCCAGGUGGCGUAGACUUCAGCACGUCAGAUCUUAGCUGGGUUCAGUCUGUUCCGUAGGUGAAUGACACGGCUGUGCUCCAGGGUCUGGGCGAGGGUUAGACUGCGCCUGAGGACUUGUUCACGCAUCUCCCAGAUUUCAGAGAACUACCAGUUAGGCCAUGAUUCAGAUCUCAAGAUCUAUUUCCACUAUUCCGUUUCUCAAACUGAAGUUCAUUGGAAAGUAAUGUAUACUGUUAUUUGUUUUAUUAUAGCCAUUAUUCCUAAUUAAAGCAGUAUUUAAACAGUUUCCAGUUAUUUUCUUUGGAGAACUUGACGUUAUUACUGCAUUACCUUGCCUGUUGGGAAGAUGUGGCUUGUGUAGCCUGUCCAUCACAGAAAUAAGCAAGCACAAUGAAGUGGAUGCCAAGCCAUCAGACAUGUAAAUGUCCCUGCUGUGUCCCCGAAUGUGUAAUAAGCAAGUGUGAUAAAUACUUUAAUUACAGUUUUGUUAUAAAUAUAACUUAUGAGAAAACAUUUGAUAGGAAUAAUACUGUGUAUUGCUCAUUUUUAUCCCUACUGGCAAACCUUACGAUUCAUAGAUUUUCCUCAUAUACAGUAUUCGAUGCACAGAAAUCUCAUGAUCAGUUCAGUUACAGUAAGUUAAGUGCUUUCCAAGUAAAACUCUCAAGUCUGAGUUAACAUUUCUAGUUCUUUUAGCUGUAUGUUCUUAGUAUCGGGGCUUCUUAUGCACUUCAUUCAUCUUUGGGGUUUGAAAGCACUGUAUUUGGAAGAAAGCUAGAAAGUAUUAGGAGAGAUUGAAACAGUUAAACGUUUUACUUUCAGAGAUAUUGUAGGUGCUAAAUACUGGAUUUAACCUUUCAGAUUUCAUUUCUUUAUGGGUCUGUCUUUCAGUAAAUCCCACAGGUCUGUGUAAUACUUUGUCUAAACUCCUUUAUUACUUUAGAGCCUGUUGAUCAGUGUGUCUGUCUGCCUUUGAAACCCAUUGCAAUAACUUUGCUGAAAUAGCGACAUACUAGUAAAAUUUUUCUUAAACAAA